GGGUGCGGUCACACUGAUGGCAACUCUACAGCCAUUUUGCAUUUUAGAUUCGUGUUUUUUAGCAAUUUUUUAGUUUUUCACCGCAUUUAACCACAUAUUCAGAAAGCUGAUGACUCGGUAGCCAUGUCGCGUGCAGUGGUAACCGAGGAAGCGCUGGAGGCGCUGGUCUUCGAGCGCUCAAAGCUCUGGUCGAGCAUAAUGAAGAAUUUCUCCACCGUGGACGACGGCCAAGAACUGGAUGUGUCGGAGUUUGAUAACCUGUUCGAGGGCGAGGACGAGAACUCCGACCUGCAGGACGAGGAGGAGGAGGCCAAGGAGGACAACGAGGCGGACGCGAAGCUGGAAGUGGGCCACAUCAACGCCACCAGCGUGGCGGAGCUGACAAUGAUACUGUGCGCCGGCGAGGACAACAAGGCCAAGGCCGAGAUAGAGGAGAUCCUCAAUCAGACGGUGCCAGUCGUCGAGGAGCACAAGCGCAAGUGGCGGGAGGCGGGCCUGGACCGGAUUCUGGACACCUUCGAUGAGAAGCAGAUCGAACACCAUGUGGGCCAUUGGAUGCGGCGCCACAAUAGCGUCUACAUAAAUGCUGAGCCACCGAAAUACCUCCACCCGCACGGCAACUCAAUCUCGGACCAGAGCGACGAGUCGCUGCACUCUAUCGAUACGGCCCGCUACAUCCAGCAGAGCCGCCGUAGGAACGCUCACAUGACCACCAAGAACCCCAGCUUGACCACCAUUAAGAUGUACCGCAAACACUCGCACAAACGCGACGAACUAAGGGCCAAGUACGCUUACGACGACGAGCAGGAGCAUCGCCACCACAUGCAGGCCUUGCUACAUCGUCGGCGCGAGAAGGAGCGCAAGCUGGCUUACCUGGCCUCCACCCCUAUGCACUGCACGUACUCCAGUGGGCAUCAAGUGAGGCGCAAGCAUCUGCGUAAGCGGCGCAACAAUUCUUGGAUGUUUGAAUCGUCGUCCGAUAGUGAUGACGAUCCAUCAUUCAGUGGCUGCGACUGCCACGCCUGCCGCAGACAUCAAUCUCUGUCCAGGACUGCCUACCAGUACUUCCCGUAUGGCAGGGACCAACGAGAGUAUCACCACCGCCAGGCAGCAUCGCGGACCAUGCACACCAUGCGCCGCCAUCACACCUUCGACAUGGACAUGGACCUGCGACCAAGACUGCCGGAGAACGAGUGCAGCUGUUGCAACAGCGACCGCCUCUGCUCGAAUUUCGUCCACAUAGCCAACAGCUCCACAGAGGAGUGGGUGGUGGAGAAUCGUAACAGCCCUUUGGUUGUGGGGAAGCCGGCCAAGAGCAGAAAGCACAAGCAGGUGGUGGCGGUAAGCCCGCAAUCCGUUCGAUCUAAGUGCCACAAGCAGAGAUUACAGAAAACGAAGUCUGCCUCUACUUCUAAGUUGCCUACAACCAAAGCGAACUACAUGUUUGAUAGUGACACUUCCGACGAAGAAGCAAGAAAGCCAAUGUUUUGCCACUCAGAGCGAACAAAAGUGAUUCGAGUUGCACCUAUUCCAGUUGCACCAAAAGCAAAAAUGGCCGCAAAAAAGGCUAUUGCAAUGAAUCCCAAGAGUUUGCCACAAAUCAAGGAAGAAGAGCCCACUCCUGGCAGAAAUAAGAAUGUGGCCAUUCCGAUAAGCGAAUCCUCCGAUGAGAGUGCAGGCGAAAUAAAGAGAAGAAAAAAAAUUGUGAGUUUCUCUGAGGCAAAUUCCAAAUCUAAAAAAACCCGUGAAAUUCCCCAAAAGUCAAUAACGGCGCCUAUCCGAAAUGUUCCACCAGUUAAUGAACAGGAAGUAAAAUCCCUUCCAAACAUUCCAUCAGUUGAAAAGGGUAAUGAGGCAAUAAUCAACCCGAAAAAAGAAUCUCGAAAUAUGAUUUUGGAAACUACAUACAUCACCGUUAAAGAUGCUGAGUCAAACUUAGACCCAAUCGGAUCUGGAGCAAACAAAAACACAUUGGAGGAAAUCACGUCUCCCUUAAUCACAGAAAAAGAAAACGCUUUAGCUGAAAAAGACAAUGGUUUGAGUAACAAGAAAAAAGCUAUAAGACAUAUUAAAAGCGGUCCAACCGAUACAAUCGAUGAAGAAGUCAUGGACAGGAAAUGCAUUGUGAGUUUAUCUGAGGCCAAUACAAAAUCAAAACGUCCUGCUAAGAAAUCUACCAAACCAAUAACGAUUCUAGCACAAAAGUCCGAUUCACCUCCCAUUCCCGAAGAAACCAAUACCAAUAUCCCGGAAGUUGUAUGUAUAAACUCAUCAUUAUCCUCUUGUGAUUUAAAAGAGGAACGUCUAGUUGUACCGAGGAGAAGGACUAAAAAGAAUUCAGAAAACGCAACUGGAAAGACGUCUACUACGGCACUCAAAAAGGCCAGACCCAAUUCGCUUAAAAAGAAAACUACUUCUCCUGCUAUUAAGAAAUUGCCGCAAAUCACUGAGGAGGCGCCCAUCCGAUCUCCCGAUUCACAAACAAACCCUGAAUCAAAUCCCACAACUAAAUGUUUAAAGACAAAUGUAAAGAAGCCCGAAAAUUCCAGUAGAGAAGAGACUGCAAAGGAUGUGAAUGACAUUCCACUCGAUUCAGAAGAGGAGCUGCAGCGGGCCUUGGCUUUGUCAAAGGUCGCAUACAAGGAGGAGCAGCAGAAGCGGCGAAAAACAAAGAAACAGGAAUCCAAGGAGCAGCCCCAGUCUCCUGCAGAGCAAUCAUUGGCGGUAUUUAACAAUCAAAGCGUGACGUGCAACUCCACAGCUGUGGCCAACGACACGGCCUGCAAUCGUGUGCUGCCCAAGAGACGGGCGGUCAAAAGGGUAGCCGCCGUAAGCACCACAGAAGAGCAGACAAGUUCCCCGACGGGCAUGUCGGUGGAGGAAGCCAGCGCCACAGGUGGCGAUCCUGACUGCACGGUGGUGACGUCCACCACUUGCUGUGAACCGUCCGCAAGUGAGCCGAACCCACCACCCAUCAAGCUCACCAAACGGGGCAUCCUGCUGCACAGCUCCUCGGAGCCGGGAGCGUCCAACUUCACACUGACCGAGCAGGGACUCGGAAAGUUCAUAGGCGACCGUUGGGCCCGCAAGUACCUGAAAUACCACAUCGGCAGCCGUAGCUUUGACAGCCGACACUCUGUUUACUACCAGCCCACACCACAGUUAGCCGCCGCCCUGACUGCUCCGCAGAAUGCGCAGAGCCUCGCCAAUAUCUCAAGCUCCAGCGCCAGCGAUGAUGACAUCUUCGACCAGAUAAACCGGUACGGAACGGUGUACAGCGUGUUUGAAAAGAAGUCUGGUGACAAGUAAUUCUUAAGUUUAAGUUACUCUUUUUCCAUUAAGUCCAAGUUUUGAUUAUACACAAAGGUUUCAAUGCGGUGUUAAACACAUCCUUGCAAAAGGAAUUAUUAGAAACAUUAUAGUAGAUUAUUUUUUUAAGUUUUGAUUUAUUUCACGUAAAUUACAUGAUCGAUAGUGAUAAUAGAAAACAUAAUACGUCAUAAUCAUUAUAAUCAUCAUAAAUUUUCGCUUAAGUAUUAAAUAAUUGUUUAAGAGAUUUAUUCGCAUUGCAAUAGUAAUUCUUGUGUGUCGUUUCCAUGAAGUUUAUCAAAAUUCAUAUCGGCUAUUGUUAAUUUUAUGUAUUCACAAGAAAACAAAUAAAACGUAAGAUCAAUUUAUAGAGUGAAAAUGGCGCGUCGAAAAAAACAGAAGCUUCUUCCUUCCAUGUAUUUACAAAUAACAAAAACUUACCUAAAAAUAUGUUGAUAAAUCAAGAAAUUAAAAUUAAACAAAGAGCGUUAUGAUGAAAACAAGAAA